GAGUACAAGAAACAGUGUGCAUGGAAAUCCUGCCAGCUGACCUGAUUUUAAAUCUUUAGCCACUCACGCACACACACAGUGUGCAGAGAUUGACCAUCGGCUAAUGGGAUGACAGGUGGCGAGUUAAUCCUCGGGGGCCAAGAAGCGGCACACCCACGGCACCCGCUCGCUCGCGCACUCUCUCCUCUCCCAUGAUUCAUCAGCGCCAUAUUGACGCUACAGGUUGUUUCAGAGAAAACGCACACAAACAUACUCACUCAUUGGUGUGUGAUCACCCAAAAGAAGUAAGUGAUGUGUUUGAACGACUGAAAAGAUGUUGGGAGGAAGACGGGACACUAUUUAGCGGUGAAGAAGAGAACACCGAGGGCUAUCUUUAAGGUUAUUGGCAUGGCGAUGAGGCCUGUACGACCGGCUUCCGAGAUCUACCCGUCAGUGUGCUGUUCCGUCAGUCCGUCCGUGUCCUACUCCAGCUUGACAGUGAUGGAGGGACCCGAGGACGACGGCGAACCCCACACACCCAUCUUCUCCAUCUCCAAGAGCUCCAUGGACGUCUUCAAGCGCGACCCGGUGUGGACCGCCGUGGAUCUACGCCGCAGCUCCAGCGCCAACGUCGAACAGGGCCCUCUGCAGCAGCUGCACGGGUGGCGGCGCGUGGGCAGCCUGCAGUCACCUGACCCCCACAACUCGCCCGCCCUCAGCGAGCGCUGGGUGGCCAACAUGAGGCGCUGGAGCCGGUGCAGCGGCGGGAGCGGCGCGCACAGCCGCAGCAGCACGCCCGACACGGUGGUGUGGGGUGGAGGGACGUCGCGGCCCUGCAGCCUGGCGCGGGACGCGACCUGCUGCGCCGCGCCUGCCUCCCCGAGCACCCACGCCUCCUCGCCAUUCAUCUCCCCGCUGCUGACGCCCACUAUGCCAUCUGUGGAUCUCUGCACCUCGUCCCCGGCGUCCCCUCUGGCGUCCCCCACCGUGCUGUUCCCCGAGCAGGGAGACUCCGAAGGGUCCCCUCUGACGUCCACCACCCCACCGCUGAAGCCCUUUUUCCGGGUGACUAGCACAGAGAAUGACGCCUACCCGGGUAACCGCUUGCUUUAUUUCCAGUAUCCCUCCCCGAUGGCGUCCUCCGUGUGCUCAGAGGAAGGUGCGUUGCUGUCCCCCGGAGGCCUAACUGAAGAGGAGACGGCGCCGAUGUCCGAUCCGCGAGCGCGAGUGACAAGUUCAGCGGAUGAGGAGCAAGAACCGGACGAAGGCGCGUCGGUGUGCCACCUCCAGUUGCCGUGGCAACCGCAGCCGAGGAGGCCGCCGCUGGUCUCCUCCCUAAGCGACUCGCUUCUGGGUGAGGGGUGCAGAUGGUCCAGAGGAGGCCUUCAAAGGGAGCCCUUCUUCGAGGAGAAGGCUCGUCGGGAAGUGGUUGACGCUGCCGUGCAGACGCUCUUCUCCCCCGCGGGCUCCUGGUUGGACCUCCGCAGGAACACCUCCCGCUCCCCCCUGGGCUCGCCGCCCGGAUCCAAGCUGGAACUGAAGGCCUCGGUUGGUUCCAACUCCAACCUGGUCUCGCCGUCCUCCAGCAUGUUCCCGCCGGGAGAGGAAGAAGAGGAGGAGGGGAAGCCAAAAGAUGUUCUGGAGCGCAGAAGGUCAUGUCUGAAGGCCGGGGAGGAGAAAGAGGAGCUUGGGGAGAGGAGGAGGAGCAGCAUGAAGCAGGUGCAGUGGGACGAGGACGGGAUGACGUGGGACGUCCACGGCAUGUCCGUGGAGCCGGAGGUGCUGAGCACAGCCAUACGAAAGCACCUGGAGCUCCACAACAGUCCCCAAGCCGGCAAACGACCCUCCAAGAAGAAGACCAAAGCACCUAAACCUCACGCUCCUCCCGCUUCUCCUCCUGCGGCGCUCCCCGACGCGACCCCUCCGACACGGGACGGGGGAGGCAAAACGGAGGAGGCGCCUCCCGAAGCAAGCAGAGCGGAGGGAGGAGAAGCUGGAAAUGACGGCGUUUCAAAAUCCCCCUCGCUCUCGCGCGGGACCAUCCGGAAGAGGAGCGUGAUGAGGUCACUGAGACCAGGGUGGUGUGGAGGCUUGAAAAAGGAAGAUGACUAAGAUUAAAAAAAAAAAAAAAAAAAAAAAGAUGAGAUAUAUUGAUCCUGCGGCGGGGAAAUUCACUGGUUACAAAGCAAAGGACAGUGCAAGAGAUUUAAAAUGUAUAGAAUAUAAUGGAAAAAGAAACUUUAUAAAAAUAAACAGAUGAGAGAAAAGUUUGUACUGAUAAGAGUUAUUUUGAGCAUUACUUUAAAACAGCAAUAUUGUUUUCAUACACAUACUG